AUGCAAGCCCUCAAUCUGACACAUUUCAAUCACCUAGCUAUCUGCUUCCCUAUCGACAUGCCUUACAAGUCCCGCUGGCAGGUCGACGUGCCAAACGCGCACCUUGCGACGGUGCUACUAACGUCUCCGACGGCUAAGCUCUCUAAGACCCACCGAUGCUUCCUGGAAGCUGCCCGGCCGGACACCCACUACUUGACCACGCAUUCCUUCAGGUUAUGGAGUCAGAGAUUUGCUUUAGGCCUGCAAAAGAAAGGCCUACACAAGGGCGACCGCGUCCUGUUGUUCUCGGGCAAUGACCUGUUCUUCCCCGUCGUGUUCAUGGGCGUCAUCAUGGCCGGCGGUAUCUUCACCGGCGCUAAUCCGACCUACGUAGCCCGCGAGUUGGCCUACCAGCUCCAAGACAGCGGGGCAACCUACCUGAUCUGCGCACGAGCUAGCCUAGACACCGGCCUCGAGGCCGCGGAGUUGGCAGCCAUAGGCCGGGACCGGGUGUUUGUGUUCGACGACACCCUCUACGAUGGCCGCGGCGUCGGCGAGAAGGGCUGUCAGCACUGGGGUGAACUUGUAGCGUCACCAGAGGAAGGACAGGGUUUCGCAUGGCCGGAGCUGUCUACUCCUGAACUAGCAGAUACCAUCCUCGCGCUCAAUUACUCUAGCGGCACGACUGGGAGGCCGAAAGGUGUGGAGAUCACGCAUAAAAACUACAUCGCGAACACGCUACAGUACACCCACAUGGCCAGCCUCAACCCGGACUACGAGGCAAAGCUGUCCCGCGCCCGCUGGCUGUGCUUUUUGCCUAUGUACCAUGCGAUGGCUCAGACCAUCUUCUGUUCUGCGGCAUUGUUGAGGCGUACACCAGUGUACAUCAUGCCCAAGUUCGACUUCAUUCAGAUGCUUGAGUAUACGCAGAAGUUCCGCAUCUCGGAUCUCAUUCUGGUGCCCCCAGUGAUCGUUGCUCUGGCCAAGCAUCCGGCCGUGAAAAAUUAUGAUCUGAGUAGUGUCGAGGCUGUGGGGAGUGGCGCUGCACCGUUGGGGAGGGAAGUCUGUGAGGAGGUGGAAGCUCUGUGGCCGCCGGGCAAGAUCAAUAUCAAGCAAGGUUGGGGCAUGACUGAAACGACCUGUUCUAUCUUGGGGUGGGAUCCCACCGAGAAGAGUUUCUCAGCUUCUGUCGGGGAGCCGAACGCCAACUGUGAGGCCAAGAUCAUGGCCGAGGACGGUGUGACUGAAAUUCUAGAUCGGAAUACGCGCGGCGAGUUGUGGGUACGUGGUCAGAAUAUCAUGAAGGGAUAUUGGAAUAAUCCCGAGGCAACCAAAGCAACCAAGACGGAGGAUGGGUGGCUCAAGACGGGCGAUAUUGCCUUUGUCGAUGACCAGGGCAAAUUCCAUGUUGUCGAUCGGAUGAAAGAGCUUAUCAAAGUGAAGGGGAAUCAGGUUGCCCCCGCGGAGCUAGAAGCCUUGCUGCUCGAGCAUCCCGGAGUAGCAGAUGUAGCCGUUAUCGGAGUUGCUAUUAACAACGACGAGGCGCCCCGGGCCUACAUUGUGCUUAUGCCGGGCCAGACCGCCACAGCGGAAGACAUCACGCGGUUCAUGGAUGGCAAGGUGGCAGCCUUCAAGCGGAUCACCGGCGGGGUACGCUUUGUCGAGGCGAUCCCAAAAAAUCCAUCAGGCAAAUUAUUGCGUAAGGCGCUGCGCGAACAGGCCAAAGAGGAGCUGAAGAAGGAGAACCCAGCAGCCAAACUGUAA